AUGUGUACUGUGGAACAGAUUGCAGAUUGUGGAGAUAUUUUAAGUCUAGGGAGAUCACUGUUUAUUCCUGAAAAAGAAGAUAAAAAUUGGCUUUCCCAAUGCUACGUAUCUUUGUCAUCUUGUGGAAAUUUACUAGCUGUUGGAUUUAAAAAUCGUCUAUGUCUUUUAACUACUCAGUGGAUAAGCGCUAUUGAGUGUAACACAUUUAUAAUAUCUUGGAGUGGAACAUUGCCUGCGGAAAUAAGUGCGAUUUUAACAUUGCCUAUUUGCCCGUCACACCAAUCAUCACAGAAUGGACCAGAUUGGUUUUGUAUUAUAGUUGGUUGUCGUAAUGGAAAUAUUGCAUUUUACACUAACACUGGCCAUUUAUUAAUGCUUGAAAAACUAGAUGAUAAACCUGUUAUGAAGAUAUCAUGUCAUACUGGAACUUAUGGAACUCUACCAGAUGAUAUUCAUAUCCUUUUUCAAGGAUGUGUUUGUGUUUUAUCGGGGGCAAGUCUGUUUCAAACCUUACGCAAUGCUAAGGCACAAUUAGCUAGAGUUCAAGCAGGCAUUCAAGAUGAUUAUGUAGUUGACAACCGCAAUAUAAACAUCAGGAAAUGGUCAUUUUCCGAACAAGAGUCAAUCAAUGAUGCAUCAGUUGUUGGUCUUGAUUUGAAGAAUACUUUUGACCACUUUUUGGCUGCUUCAACUUAUGGCGGUUAUGAUACCUGGUACCGGUCUAUUCCCCCAGUCAACAGUUUGAUCUUAACAACUGGAACAGCACCAUACACUGGUUUUCAUUAUGCUCUUGAGGGGGGAACAACUCCACCCCUACAAGAUGUUGCAAGAGCAGUUGCAAACAAAAUUAAGUCGGCACUUCCUGGCUGGCUUGGUGGAGGGUCAACGGAGAGCAUUACCACAAAUUCGGAACCCGUCAUUCGAUCAGAGAUUUUAUCUAUGCGAAAUGGCAUAUUCGACGCUCAGCGUCAUGGAACAUUUGUAGCUAUAUCACCCGAUCGUCGUCUUGCAGCAUUAGCAGACAACUUAGGCCGGGUUGCAGUGCUCGAUGUUAAUACUGGAUAUAUAAUAAAGCUUUUCAAAGGCUACAGAGAUGCUCAGUGCGCCUUUGUUCAGAUUUUUGAUACAGAUAAUAAAAAGCCGCAACUUACCGUCGUUAAAGACAUUCGUAGAGCAAUAUUUCUAAUUAUUUACAAUCCUAAGAAAGGAACCGAUGAUGCUAGUAAUAUAAACUACAACGACAUCUCGCCAUGGUGGCAAGGCGUAAGAGACAUGCUCGUGGAGAUGCGAUGCCCUUUAAGAAGUAUGAUCGUGGCAAUGGCUUGCAAAGCUGUGGCGAGCUUGUUCGAAGGUGCUACGACCGAGAGAGAGGAUGCAUGGGAAUCGGUCACAAAGGAAAACGCAAAAUGGGGUAUACUCAUUGGCAAGUUAGAAGAUAUAUCAAUUCUCAGCAUCACUUUAAUGUUUAAAGGACAGUUCAACGGCAAAUCAUUGCCGAAGUUGCCGGUCGAGGAGUUUAAUAUUAAUUUAAAAUAUAUAUACACCAGGGGAAAGGGGUCUGUGACGGAGUUGAUAGCGAAAUGGCUUUGUAGCAUGGGUGUUCUGCCCGAGGCCAUAGUUGCAAAUGAAUUGAUCGAUAGAUCAUUGGAAAAUGAUGCACUUCCAGAUGAUGAUGAUGGCGGUGAAUCGGUCCAGUUAUUUUUGGAGAAUUCGAGGGUGUAUGUAAAUGAUAAUCAGAUAUUGUUCAAAUGGCUCUCCCUACUUCGCCGGCAGUUCCCGCUGAGCAAUGUUAUGAAAAGGGAUAUAAGUACGAAGACUUCUAGCAAAUUGUUAAGCCCUAGAAUGAAAUUCCUGACAAAAUUAAUUCGAUCUGCUGUUGAUACUAUUACGUGUGUGGAUAGUAAUGAAGCAAAUUUAAUUUACAACAACGACGAAUGCUCGCGCUGGAUGGAAAACAUUAGUAAUUUGGCCGAAUUAUGGAAUAUCGAGGAGAGUUUUGUAAAACAUCAAUAUGUCGUGGGAUUGUACCACAUGGGUUAUGAUGGACUGGCCGAGAGUGUGGUUGGGUCCGUCGCGGACCCCGAACUGCUGCUAGUACCCAUUGUAGCUAUUACUAUACAGAGGCUUAAGAGAAGUCUCGAGCGGUGUAAAAAUCAACCCGAGUGGAUCGUCACGGUACCGCCGCAAAUUUAUAAACGACUCCAGAAUACUACGUUGGACGUUUCAAUUCCAGCCAACCCCUCGUUGGCAAAAACAAUGAUUAUCAUACAAAGACUGCUAUCACAAGUUGACAAAAAAUCAUCGGUCGAGACAUCAGCAAACUUCCAGAAUAUAAAAUUAGCAGAACUAAUUGUGGAAACGUGUGAAGUUCUGAUCCGAAGAAAUUUAGCA